AGCUCCACAUCCACAUGCAACUUCUCUUUAUCCCUCUUAUCGCUCUCACUUUUCCUCUUGUUGUUUACUUAUUUUAUUCAUCUAGUGGAGAAUUUCUUCUUCUGCUCUAGAGACACAAUCUUCUUGGCAGUAUUUUAUCUUUAUAAGCGAUUUAACUCAACGCAAUCGGAAAUUAUUGAGACAUAUUUGCUUCUCACCCUCAGACCGACAGACUCACCAGCACCAAGUCACAGUCACCACCAUAAUAACCUACCUCUUCUCUCGAAAAAUAUUCUCUCUUCUCUCGUUAUCAUUCAUACAUGCGCUUAUAAACUGGUGCAACGCUCUUGGUCGUCACUCGUCAUUUUUCAUAUUUGUGUUCGUUAAUCGUUGGCUCACGUUCAGUCAGGAAAGAGGCAAACAUCGCGUCGCACGGUGUCCAAGUACAAGUACAACACAGAUACGAAGGAAGAAAGCGCACAAACCCGAGUAGGUUCACAAGGAAAAGUCUAUCUUUUAUUCUUGAAAUCAAUUAAUGCGGUGGUGUUGGCUUUAAAUGGCCGACACUGGACAAUCUGUGAUAAAUCCUGGCGAUUGUCAACGAUCUUUGAUAAUGGAAGUUGCACCGGAUACCACCACAACGUCGUCGCAGCCAUCGACACUAUCUGUUACGGCAUUAACAGAACCCACAGAGCAAUGUGAAGUGUCAUCGACCACUGAUGUACCCAAUUCGAGUGGUGCACUCCUCGUCACUGGUGGCAGUGGAGGAGGCAAUGGCAACAAAAAACAACAGCUAGCAGCAGCACGUGCCGGAGGUGGUGGUGGUGGUGUGAGUAAAUUUCAUCAGUUCCGUGCUCCCCAGCAGUGUGUGCAGCAAAAAAAGAAAAUGUGGAACAAGCGACAAAACAAGUGCCAUCACCUGAAGAACCACCACGCUCAGCAACUGCAACAUCAGCACCAACAACAACAACAGCAACAGCAGCAGGCCGCAGUGAGCAAGGCAGACUUGGAGAAUAUCCAAAACAUCAAAAACCAGAUAGGCCACCACAGAUUGUCCGUUGGGGUGUGUGUGGCGUGUGGUGUAGAAGCUGCUAACAACAACAGCCAACAGGCUAAGAAUCCAAAACAGCAAGUAUACAAGAAGAUGCUUGCUCAUCGAGCUUGCAAUGGUGGAGGAGGAGGGUGUAGUGCAUGUAAUGGCGUGGGCAAUGGUGGAAAUGGUGCUCCCCCGCUAGCACAUCAUCCCAUCUUCUGUUCGCGGACCAAGUUCUUUUUGUCAGAUAAAAUACCCCGCAAAGAAGUCAUUAUUCCGCCAACGAAAUUCCUUCUUGGCGGUAACAUCUCUGACCCACUGAAUCUGAAUAGUCUGCAGAAUGAGGCUAAUUCAUCGAACAACAACACACCGGCAACGACCCCACGUCAAUCGCCAAUAACUACGCCACCAAAGGUCGAGGUUAUCAUUCCGCCAAAUAUACAUGACCCACUUCACUUGCUCGACCCCGUCGACACGAUGGAAUACGAGAAGCAACUAACCUCGCCAAUGAAGCGAAAGUCGAAAUCAUCAAAAUCAAAGCACCGCAAUCGGAAGAAGAAAACAAAACGUAAGCGUUUGGAGUCAAUAAACUCGACAUUGGACGAUAGCGAGGCAGAACGAUAUGCUGCCAUCAACAGCACAUUGGCGACUGAUUCAUUAACAAGUAGCUUCUCUGAUGGAGGCGCUACAGCUACGGCUCUUCAACAACAACAACAGCACAAUUCUUCGACUGAAUUCGAUGAUGAAGUGGGAGAGAGCAGCUGCGCAACUGAAAUGAGUCGCUCUCGGGAGAGCCAGAGCACCGGAGAAAAAGCUUUUGAUAGUGUUGCUAGUGCUGUUGGGCAACAAUCACAGCUUGAUGCUGAUGGUAAUAAAGUGUUGCCAUCUGCACUACUAACUUCGGUGAGUAAGACCGAGGAGGUGUGCAACAGCAGCAGCACCUCGAAUGCGCCUGCAACUGGUGACCGCGAAAGUGUGAAAAAGGAUUUGCGAUUGGAUUUGAGCGGAGUGGCUGAGUUGCAACAGCAACAUUUUUUCAACCACCAUCAUCACAACAACAGUUCGUCAAUAUGCAGCAGCAGCGGUGGGGGAAGCGUUGGCAGUUGCGGAGGUCGCAAACGAAAGGUCAGCGAGGGAGCCUGCUCCGCCAAGAACAAGUUUCGUCGUUUGGACUCAAUGGACAAGAUCGUUAGUCCCGUUGUUCCUCAGCCUGGUGCAUGGAAACGACCACCAAGAUUGGUGCCCACUGGAGCAAGAAAAACUUCCCGUCAUCGGUCAACAUCUGUGAGUGAAACUGAGCUGCUCAGUCCCAUAGAUGAUUUAAAAACAAUAACUGAUAGCGAUAGUAUUCGUGCAGAUACCCCUGAAAUCGAUUCAGUAUCAAAACACAUGGACACUGCCUCCAUAGGUAGCCCCCAAAGCACUGUAUCCGCCAAUACUCUCGACAAUACCUCGAUCAAUGAUAAAUGCUCUACUGCCCCCAUACAAGAAGCUAAAACUACUUCCCACAACAACAGCAACAAUAAAUUGCCAAAACUCCGACCAGACACAGCAAAAUACCAAUACGGCAACUAUGAUCGCUAUUCGGGCUAUCGCCAUCUUAACGAAUUCAUGGAUGUUCGCCUGCAAGUGUUCCAGCGUCAUGCUGAGCUCUUCCGGGGGAAGGACAUCCUGGAUAUUGGUUGUAAUGUGGGUCACAUGACUAUAACUGUAGCAAGAAAUUUAGCACCAAAAUCAAUUUUAGGAAUUGAUAUUGAUAAGAAUCUAAUUGCCAGAGCAAGAAAGAACCUUUCGAUGUUUGUGAGAAUACCAAAAGCAAACGCUGCUGAAUCAAAAGCUCUAAUUCAAGGGGACGAACAACAACAAAAAGAUGCGCAAAUAAAUGAAGAACAAGAAGAUGGCUCGAAAAAAGACAGCGCUACCAUUAACAAGCAGUCGAACAAAAGACGAAAAAAUAAUCAAAGUCGUAAUCAGCAACAACAUUACAAUCAUCAUCAUCACCACUACCAUCAUCACCAUCAUGGUCAUCAUCACUUUCAUCAUGGCUUUCCCAUGCAUCAUCAUCCUCAUCUUCAAAAUGUAGAACCACAGAAUUUAUUUCCAGUUUCAUUUCCCUUAACCUAUGGAGGUAUUCCAGAGGUCAAUAGACAAUUCCAAUCCGAGAUUGAAUCGUCUUCAUCAGCCGGCUCGGCAUUCACUGAAUUCCCGAAGAAUGUAUUUUUUCGGCAGACGAAUUAUGUGCUCAAAGAGGAAACAUUACUCAAUAAUGACACGCAGCAGUAUGAUCUGAUUGUGUGUUUAUCUGUUACUAAAUGGAUUCAUUUAAAUUUCGGUGAUAACGGUCUGAAAAUGGCUUUCAAGAGAAUGUUCAAUCAACUGCGCCCCGGUGGAAAACUUAUUUUAGAAGCUCAAAAUUGGGCGAGCUAUAAGAAGAAAAAGGAUCUAACAGAAACUAUUUAUAACAAUUACAAGAACAUCGAGUUCUUCCCUAAUAAAUUCCACGAGUAUUUGCUUAGUAAUGAGGUAGGAUUCAGUCAUAGCUAUACACUGGGAGUGCCAAGACACAUGAGCAAGGGUUUCUGUCGACCGAUUCAGCUCUAUGCUAAAGGUGAUUUCACACCUAAUCACGUUCGCUGGAGCGAUGCCUACAACCCACAAACUCCAUAUGAAGCAUACCGCGGUAUUUAUGCGACGAUGCCGCGUCAACCUCAUCCCGUGCCAAGUGCUUAUGACACGCCAUCUUGCGGUGGAAAUUCGGGAUCGUACAGCUGCCGCCAGACGCCUAUGCAUCAACCAACCUCACAGUACUACAAUCCACUGGAAACGGAUAGUUAUCUGCCAAGUUAUGAUAUUGAAGUGCUUAACCAACUCUACGUAUUCGCAUCACCUCUCUAUCAAACAGUAUGGUCACCUCCGGCCAGCAUGCGAAAUUCUUCUUCGCAUACGCCGCUCUUUGGAAGUGUGCGUGAAAUCGAAAAUGAAGAAGGUGGCGCCAGCUCGAGUUUCCAUCGACACGUUUACCCACCAAAUGAUGAGACGUCAUCGCCAAACGCCAACGGCGCCUUCAACAGCAUACGUGACGCCGACACCGAUGAUUCUCAAACAAAUUCUGCCGUGCACCAUGUAUAUGCCAAUUGUGAAAGUUCUUCGUCGCCACAUGUGAAUGAUUCCGAGACCCAGGAUGGCCUGGAAGAAGUAGCUGUUCCACACCAUAGACCAACUUAUGAACCAAAUGGCGGCUGCGGUGACUCGAAUGAGUCCUAAAUUGUUUUCUAUACAUAUAAGUGUAUAUUAAUUUUUAUUAAACGUGUGUUAUAGUAUUUUAAGUAAUAAUUUUAUUAUUUUAAUGAAGCAAAUCUUAUAUACACGGAAAAUAAAUUUUUAAAUAUAAUAUAGAUACCCAUAUACAUAUGUAUUAAAAAAAUGUAAUAACUUAUAGGAAACUAAAUUUAUAUUUAAAGUAAAGAAAAAAAAAAAAAAACAAUUUUUUUAAAUUAAAUCUGUGAUUUGAAUUUAUGAAACAUUUAAAACGGAAAAAAACUAACAAAAAAUUGUAAAAAAGUAAAAAAUAAUGGAUAUAAAAAAAAAUUAUACUAUAGUAUGCAAAAAGUUGAAUAAAAUGCAACACAUUU